AUGGGCUGGAAAGAGCAGUUUUUCAUGGUGCGUACUGAUUCUUUAGGAUUACCUCUGGAAUGGAAUUACUCAAAGGUCUCUGAAUCUGCUGGGGAUGCCAAGGAGCCGGCCUCUAAAACGUCCCUUCUUCUCAUGUUACGAAAUUACUUGGCCACAAGUUUAUCACUAGCUGAGAUAACGGAGGAGGCAUUGGAUCGUAUUAGAGCUGAGCUAUGUGGAUCAUCUUCUGGGGGAUCUUCUUCUCCCAGUUUAGGUGGAUGGAUUGAACUUGCUUAUAAUACGAAUCUUUCUCAUUUUGUUGCUCCGAAGAAUGCCACUGCCACUGCCACUGCCCCCCAAAUCACUGUACUGUCUGUUUCAGAAACGAGUUCUGAGGAGGAAACUUCUGCGGAGAAACUCAUCACUCCUUCUCUUCAGGGUGAAAAAUCACCUGCUCAUUGUCCACCCUCUAAGAUGCAGGGGUCUAGGCCGCAUAAUUUGAAAAAGAAAAAGCAUUGUGCUGCUUCAGACCUUCAAAACCUCAAUAAGAAAAGAAGAGUUUCAACCCCUCAUCAAGAAGUGGACACCAAUGUGAACAAAUUCAUGAUCUGUGCGGACCCCCCUUCUUCAAUGUUUUGUGAGGGAAUGGAAUCAUUCACAAGUCUAUCCACGGAGGAACUGGGGAGACGAGGUUUUACUUCCUUCUCUGAGUGUCUGUGUUUUGUUAAUGAAGUGUAUAACCAUGGUUCCCUUUCCGAGGAGCUCCAAAAACAACUGAUAGAAGUUCGAGCUUUGGCAGAGCAGAGUCAGCAGCAGCUAAAAGAUUCUGAAGAUAAGAUGAAAUUUCUUUGUGAUUGCAAUGCAGCGGAUUUAGAUGCUAAGGAAAAACAACUGAAAGAAAUUCAAGCUGUGGCGGAGCAUAGUCAGCGUGAGCUGAAAGAUUCAGAAGAUAAGAUGAAACUUCUUUGUGAUCGCAGUGCAGCGGAUUUGUUUUCUUAA